UGUGAGCAGUUCACGGAGAGAGAUCGUCUGUAUGACAGCGGGAACGUUGGAAUUCGGACCAGUAUAUCCAAGAUGGUGCUUGAAAGUACGAUGAUAUGUGUCGACAACAGCGACUACAUGAGAAAUGGAGAUUUUCUUCCAACCCGCUUGCAGGCUCAGCAAGACGCCGUCAACUUAGUAUGUCAUUCCAAGACUCGAUCCAAUCCUGAAAACAACGUAGGACUUAUAACUCUUGCUAAUGUCGAAGUGUUAGCCACGCUGACCAGCGAUGUGGGACGUAUUCUCUCCAAACUUCAUCAAGUACAGCCUAAUGGAAAUUUGAGUCUGAUCACUGGCAUCAGAAUUGCUCAUCUGGCUCUGAAGCAUCGUCAAGGAAAAAACCACAAGAUGCGAAUAGUCGCAUUUGUCGGAAGUCCGAUUCAACUGGACGAAAAGGAGUUAGUAAAGCUUGCCAAGCGUUUAAAAAAAGAGAAAGUUAACGUAGACAUAAUAAGCUUUGGUGAAGAAACCAUCAACAACGAGGUCUUGACUUCGUUCAUAAAUGCUUUGAACGGCAAGGACGGCACUGGCAGUCACUUAGUAACUGUUCCACCUGGACCGCACCUCUCAGACGCUUUGAUAUCGUCACCAAUAAUCCAGGGAGAGGAUGGAAUGGGGGCAGCUGGAAUGGGCGGUGCAGCGUUCGAAUUUGGCGUUGACCCCAACGAAGAUCCCGAACUGGCGUUGGCACUUCGUGUAUCUAUGGAGGAGCAGCGACAGAGGCAGGAGGACGAGGCUCGGCGAGCUCAGGCAACUGACACACCUGCUAAGCAGCCAGAGACAAUCAAAGAGGCUCCUAACGAAGAAGCGAUGCUCAAACGCGCCUUGGCCAUGUCCCUUGAAGGGGCCGAAGACACAAGCUCACCGGCGGAAGCCGUUGUAACGACUACAGGAAACGUUCCUGACUUUGCGCACAUGAGUGAGGAGGAGCAGAUUGCGUUUGCCAUGCAAAUGUCGAUGCAGGAUCAACAGGAGCCUGAAACAGGAAAGGACGAGGCAAUGGAUGUGGAAGAAGAUUAUGCAGCAGUAAUGUCGGAUCCAGCGUUUUUGCAAUCCGUCCUUGAAAAUUUACCCGGAGUCGAUCCUCAGUCCGAGGCAGUUCGUCAGGCAGUCGGUUCCUUGCAACAAAAUAAGGAUAAACAAGACAAGGAGAAGAAAUGAGGGAUACUGCUUAGAUGAAAUAAAUAUAAUAAUAUUUACCUAACUACUAUAAUGAACAGUUCAUUUAAGAUUAUUUGAUACUCGUUAAGCCACUCUGUAAUGGUUUAUUGUGGAAGCUUCGAUAUGAUAAUGAAAUACACAUCAUCGAUUUUGUGGAAAUAA